UUUCUAAAAGUCCCGUUUGGGGGAAGGGGAUGUGGCCGGGAAGGAUGAGAAACUCCGGUCUUCUGCUGGGCCUCUGGAGCGCGUACUGUUGCUUUGCCGCGGGAGGUCCCGCAACCCUUGGUCCAGAGGGUCGGCUGCAAGAUGAGCUCAACAAAUCCAGGGCUGUACGGGCUGCUGCCAAACCCCCUGUGAGAUUUAACCUCCGCACCUCUGAGGACCCAGAGCAUGAAGGAUGCUACCUCUCCUUUGGCCACAACCAGCCCUUAGAAGACUGUGGCUUCAACACGACAGCCAAAACCUUUUUCAUCAUUCAUGGAUGGACGAUGAGUGGCAUGUUUGAAAGCUGGCUGUACAAACUCGUGUCAGCCCUGCAGACAAGAGAGAAAGGAGCCAACGUCGUGGUGGUGGACUGGCUCCCGCUGGCUCACCAGCUUUACACAGACGCGGUCAAUAAUACAAGGGAAGUGGGACACAGCGUUGCCAGGAUGCUCAACUGGCUGCAGGGGAAGGAGGAUUUUUCUCUCCGGGAUGUUCACUUGAUCGGCUACAGCCUUGGAGCUCACGUGGCCGGGUACGCUGGCAACUUCGUGAAAGGCACGGUGGGCAGAAUCACGGGUUUGGAUCCUGCUGGGCCCAUGUUUGAAGGGGUUGACAUCCACAAGAGGCUGUCCCCUGACGAUGCAGACUUCGUGGAUGUCCUGCACACCUACACGCGCUCCUUUGGCUUGAGCAUCGGGAUUCAGAUGCCCGUGGGUCACAUUGACAUCUACCCCAACGGAGGUGACUUCCAGCCGGGCUGUGGACUCAACGAUGUCUUGGGGUCAAUUGCAUAUGGAACAAUUGCAGAGGUGGUGAGAUGCGAGCACGAGCGGGCAGUACACCUCUUUGUCGACUCCCUGGUGAAUCAGGACAAGCCGAGUUUCGCAUUCCAGUGCACGGACUCCAACCGCUUCAAAAAGGGGAUCUGCCUCAGUUGCCGGAAGAACCGUUGUAAUAGCAUUGGCUACAAUGCCAAGAAAAUGAGGAACAAGAGGAACAGCAAAAUGUACCUAAAAACCCGGGCAGGCAUGCCUUUCAGAGUUUACCAUUAUCAGAUGAAAAUCCAUGUCUUCAGCUACAAGAACAUGGGAGAAAUCGAGCCAACCUUUUAUGUCACCCUUUAUGGCACCAAUGCAGACUCCCAGAUUCUGCCUUUGGAAAUAGUGGAGCAGAUCGGGCUGAAUGCCACCAACACCUUCCUGGUCUACACCGAGGAGGACUUGGGAGACCUCCUGAAGAUCAAACUCACCUGGGAGAGGACUUCUCAGUCCUGGUACAACCUGUGGAAAGAGCUUCGCAGCUACCUGUCUCAGCCCCGCAGGUCCGAGCAAGAGCUGAAUAUCAGGCGCAUCCGGGUCAAGUCCGGGGAAACCCAGAGGAAAUUGACAUUUUGUGCAGAAGAUCUUGAGAACACCCGCAUAUCCCCUGGCCAAGAGCUCUGGUUUCACAAGUGUCGGGAUGGCUGGAGAAUGAAAAAUGAAACCAGUCCAACCCUGGAGCAUCCUUGAAGGUGCCUGUAAGGCCCCCCACUCCCUGAUUUCCAAGCACAUGGAGGAACGUUACUGCUGAGGACCCACCUGAUGGAAAGACCCUUCUUGGCUUGACCCUGGAGCAAUGGGAGGAGCCCACUUGCUGGGCCCAGCACCGCGCCUCCCAUGGUGGCUAGGACUUUUCUCCAGAGACCACAUGCUGCUGUUCCUGCUGUUCCUGCUGCUGUUUUAGGAUAGCUCUAACUCCAGAUCUGUGUGCAAACGGCCAAUGCCCUGGCCGCUAUGCACACCGGGCUGGUUUCUCAGUGACCGGGUGAGCCUGUGCUUCACCCAACAAGGAACACAGGCUCUGAGUGACUCUGGGUGGAAGGCUGUCAGCUGCCUGACCUGACUUGAGUCAUAGUGAGGGGGUCUUGAUGCUGGGAGCUGACUCGUGUCAGGAUGGCAGACCUGGGACCUUGUUCACCGUGAGAGGGGACAGUAGAUCUGGGGAGGUGUGGAGGCCUUCGCUCUUGGGGUUCAGUGGGUAACUGGUAAUGUGGACUGGUUACAUUUUAUUCGGUCCUGCUCCCCAACUCCUUCUCUAAAGCACACAUCAUUGGCUUCCUUUACAAAACCGAAGCUUAGUGAGGUUCAGCACAGGCCUAGAAUUAUAUACCAAGUUGGUGGAGGAGCCAGGUGAGGACCUAGACUUCCUGGAGGCAAUGCCCAUAGUAUGCUCAUCUCUGCAACUUCAUCAGGACUCUUAUAGCCAUUUCCCAGCAAUAUGCCCCAGAUGUAACAAACAAGGAAUUUUUUUCAGAGCCAUCCAUGAAACCCAAAACUCUUUUAUUAAUAUAUAACUGGGAGAACAACUGGGCCAAGGGUUGGGAUUUUUAUGGAUGAGAUUGAUUUGGAAGGAGAUGUGAUGUCAGGUGCGAAAGGGAGAGAGCAAUUUUCUCUGUACUUAGGUUUUUAAAGGACAUUGUUUUAAUCUCUAUUGUGCCAAAGUUGUGUCAUUGUUCUGUGCCAAACCUCUGAAGACAUAACCAGUCAAAUACCUUAAUUCAAGAUAUUUUCUCAAUCCAAUUGUGUGCCUUUUCUGUUGCUUCUGUGAUUGCAUUCUAGCCAAAGUAGAGCUUGUAUUAUUGACUGUGCAUCCUGGUUACUUCUGCUUUUGUAAUGGAAGCCUUGGGAAUCGAAUCCUCAGUGGGUCCUGUAUUUAUACAUUUGGCUUGAAGCCUUAUUUGUAUAUAAUGAUGCUUUUUUAAAUGCUUAGAAUACUAUUUAUUUCUCAA